AUGAGUAUUAUCCAGGACAAGCUCGGCAAUGAAUUUUUGCGAAAUGGAGGAAUGGAUUCCAACUUCCCCCCCAGUAUGAUCAUGUUCAGCCAUCUGCCUCCAGUCACCAGCUUCACCCGGCUGACCUCCCAGCCGGUCAUGUCCGAUCUGCCUCAAGAGAUGAUCCUAAAGAAAGAGCGGGAUUCACCUGAUCACACGGGCAGCUUUCUCCAUAGCAUGGGCAUCAAACAAGAGAAGCUGACUGAACUGGACUAUCGUCUCCCUCUUUAUGGAGGUGGUGGAGCAACAGGGGGAAAGAGCACAGAAAUGCUGGACAUGUCACUUGGAGGCCAUCAGAACAUGCUUCUACAUGACCUCAGCCUUAGCAAUCAGUUCUCUGGAAGAUUAGGAAAAGACCCAAAGGAAUCCACGACUAGGAAAGGAAAGAGAACAAAUGGAGAAGGUCCGGAGGGCAAAUCAAGAAGGAAACGUGGAGACUCCGCCAAGUCAAUGAUGCUGGAUGGGGAUGGAGGAGGAGGCCUCUCCCCCAACUCCAAACCACACAUAUGUGAGCACUGCCAUGCAGCCUUUCGCAGCUCUUACCACCUGCGCCGACAUGUGCUCAUUCACACAGGUGAGAGGCCUUUCAGGUGCAGCCAGUGUAACAUGAGCUUCAUCCAGAAGUACCUGCUGCAGCGACAUGAAAAGAUUCACAGCGGAGAGAAGCCAUUUGGCUGUGACCAGUGUAACAUGCGCUUCAUUCAGAAGUACCACAUGGAGAGGCACAAGAGGACACAUAGCGGAGAAAAGCCAUAUAAAUGCGACACCUGCCAACAGUAUUUUUCACGUACGGAUCGAUUACUGAAGCACAAAAGAGCUUGCGUAGAAGCCAUAAAGAAAGGUCUGGAGCCUGGGAUGCUAGACCUUGGAGAUGAGGAAUUGGGACAGGGCAGCUACCUAUUCACUCAGGGAAACACCAGCGCCCCUGGCCGCAAGAGGGGCAAGUCCAAAAGUGCCGGGGAGGGUGGUGAACGUCGGAGAAAGAAAGCAACAGCCACAGCAACAGGAGGAGGAGGAGGAGGUGGGGUGCAGAUGCCACGUGGGCUCAGCCUGCAAAAUUAUUCUGUGGAGAUGCCCACAGCUUCAGGGGUUUCCUCUUCGGCGGAGGACGGACUAUCUGGAACAACCAUGCAGAACCAACAGGGAUGUACUCCUAAGCUCGUAUUUAAGAAGGGGGGCCGCAAGAACCAGGACAAAAAUUUGCUCUCCAUGGGAAAUGAGGCAAGCUCAACUUCUGGUCUCCAUGGACAGAAGUUGCACACCCACAAGACCACAUCCAUGGACCUGUCUGGGUCAGGGGGGAUGGAUAGCAUGACCCUUCUUCAGGCCUCUGGUGGGAGCAAACAAGGUGGAACCAGCAGCAAUUACGAUGACGCUAUGCAGUUCUUGAAGAAGAGACGGUACCUGCACGCAGCAAACAGCAGUGGGGGUGGAGUAGACUAUGGUGCUGGGGUGGCCCACCUGCCUGCUCAGCAGACAGUUAUCCAGGGGGGUAUUGGAGGAGAACCAACUCUUGCCCUUCUGGACACUUCACCUCUGGUCAGCAUAGACAUCAAGCAGGACAAGUCUGGCAUUCCAGAUGAAGUUCUGCAAAGCCUGCUGGAUCACUAUACCCACAAAUCAGAUGGUUCCCACCAUGAUGUGACUUUUGAUCUUCCAGACCAGCACCAUGUGGAUCUCCAGCCUGCUUCAGCCACUCCAGAGUUGGUAGGUCCGCAUGAGGGCUCCCCUAUAAACUCAGGGGACAAGACUGUGGUCAUGAAUGAAUACUCUAAGUUCUUGUUGCAGACCCUGGAGAGGACCAGCCACAGUAGCAGCUUCUCUCUGGGUCCAUCAGGGCCUUUCCCCAGCCUGCUUUCAUCCAGUAGCAGUCCAGCCAGCACACUUUUUACUGACAAGCAUGUUUACACCACUUCCCCUCUUGACUGUGGCUUUGGACAGUCAGUACCUUCCCCUCUACAACCUUCCUCUUCGUCUUCUCUGUCCAAAUCCCAUUUUGGGAUGCUGGUGGGUGCUCCCUCACCUUCCCAUCCCUCUUCCACUGCCUCCCAGCAGAGCUUCCACCUCAGCAGCCUGGAGCCAACCACUCACCAGCAACUCACCCCUUCUCAGGAGCUCACCGAACAGCUGGACAAGCAGCAUUCGCCUCCAUAUCCGCUCACCGCUCAGGAGCUGACCAAUGGCAGCAGCCAGAAGGACCAGCAAUCCAAGAACGACAGAUCUUCGGGUAGUGGUAGCAGCGGUGGCAACAGUAGCAGUGUUUCCAAUGGCUCUGUGUACACCCUUGCCUCACCACCUGAGCUCGCCCCUUUGGAGCCCUCCAAGGAAGUGGAUUUGCGCUCCACUUAUCAGAUAGAGAACUUCGCCCAAGCCUUUGGCUCGCAGUUCAAGUCAGGUCGCCGGACCCCCCUGGGAUACAGCAGUGAUCCUCGGGUCGGGGAUGUCGACCACAGAGCAUCACGGACUCCCGUGUCGGAAUUCUCAGGGUAUACUAGUCUGUUAGCUGAUGUUAGCGAGCCAGCUAGCUCAGGAUCCAAAACCCCCACGAGCCAAAGCUACAGGUAA